ACUACUAGGUGUUCACGGACUCCGAUGCGACAAGCCCAUUCCUUAUUCUAACUUCUGUUUCUCAUUCAUCCAUUCGCUUCCUCAUCAGUUGCUGGCCUCGACCACGCUCCGCAUUCGUUCCAUCUUCCCCAAAGAGUUCUCUACCGAGCCACGAGUUCUCGAAACCACACUCUCCACCGUUUGACAUCUUCAGACCCGCAUUUGAAACAUCACGACCCUUGGUUCCGUCAUGAGGAUUUAGCUCUGAACUUGUCUGGACUGUUUAUCAUUUACGCUGGAUCCCUCGAUACAUUACCAUUCAUAUACGCACAUCUAAGUCUGUAGUACUGCCUACUGGCUCGCCCUCUAUAAUGGGUGUUCCCGACCCGCUCAUUCCCCUGAGCGAUCACUGUUCUAUCGUUCACGAUGGAACCCUCUAUGUUUAUUCCCCUGGCGGAUUUCAAUCACUGGAGCUGCGCGAAGGAGCAAAAUGGAAGCGAAUGCCCAUGGAUGUAUCAUUGACGGGCGCGGAAUGUGUAAAAGUUGUACCAGGUGGAGACAACAAGGCAGCAAAACUUUAUGUCGUGGGAGGAUCUGUGAAUGAGACGGCCGCAGGAUGGGACUAUCCAGGAUUGAUGCACUAUUCAUUCUCCGACAAGAAGUGGGAUUGGGUGCGACCCAAAGACUUCGUUACGCAAAAUCGCCGAAACCACGCGGCUACUUACCUGCCCAAGACAAAUCAGCUCGUUGUAUAUUCUGGAUCACAGACCACUGGAGACCUCGGCCCAUCUUCUCAAACAUUCCUCAUCUCGCUCGACGCUCCCUACGGCGUGGAGAGCCGACCUUCGAACGACGCCCCUCCCUCAGUAAAACCUAUCCUAUUGCCAUGGAGCGAGGACACUGCCGUAAUGGUUGGAGGAGGUGCCACGAACCAGGCUAUCUUCCUGUACGGCCCGGAUGGUUGGGCCAACCUUGGUGUCUCACUAACAGAACCCAUCGUCAACCAAAAUGUAGUGCAAUGCACGUUGGUGUCAGGAGACGAUGGAAGCAAGGUGUUGGAGAAGUUCGAUAUGAGCAAGACACCAAACGAAGUGAGCCGCAUUGCACUUCUAGAAGCAGGGGGAAAGGUUGCCCCUCCGGGAAAGACGGUUGGUGCGCCGAAGAACAAGCGCCUUACAAUCAGCGAUUGGCCCACAUACAACAGCACGUAUGCACCUGAGGUCCCUCGAUCUGGCUUCUCGGUCGCUCAGGGAAGUGAUGGUUUAGCUGUCAUCUCUGGCGGGAGCGAGGAGGACCCUCUCUGCAUCUUCGACCAGACAUCGAACGCAUGGGUCAAUGCGACACGUCUGUUCGAAGGAGAGCAAGUGGUGCUAAAAUCAACACCUUCCUCAACAAUAGCCUCUUCAACACCCGCCCCUACGACUUCUGCUACGCCUACAGCGUCCGCAACUCAGGUGCCUGUUGUCCCCGCCGCACCAACCAACAAGAACAGAAUGCUUACUGUGUUGGGAGCGACGCUCGGAGCCAUCUUCGGUAUCGCUGCCAUUCUGAUUCUACUUCUCUUUUGCCUCAAAUACAGGAAGGCUAAGAACAAGAAGAAGGCACAGCAAAGCGGCUACAUUGAGAAGGACCGACUCAGCUUUGCUGAUCGCGGUGCAGAGUUCAUGCAUGAGGCUGGUGGUUCCGUUGGGCAUAACUAUUCUUCCUCCAUGAACGUUUCUCAGACCUCACUGGCAAUCGUCAGUGGCCAAUCAGGAGGCCAACACAAACGCGGCCUAGGAAGCGACGCCAGCACGGCGGGCUUGGUGAUGAAGAAGAGCCCACUUGGCUACUCGGAACCUGUGGAACUUGCCAAGUUCGAUCUGAAGCCUGAACAAUUGGUCGUCGCGGACGAGAAGUUGGUCAGGCAGAAUUCGGGUCGUGUACAGCACAGCACCGCAAACAUCAGCCGCAGCCGCAGUUCUGGCUGGAGCAAGUACUUCGCCAACAAUGAAGCCACCAACCUUGCACACAUGCCAUCUGGACGCUCGACGUAUGCUUCUGAACGUACCAGCACUGGUAGUCAAUCCAUGUAUACCGACUCUCGCAUCUACAACCACCCCUCACAAGCUAUCAAGCCGCUUGAGAUUCCUAAAUUCGAUGGCCAGCGCCUCAGUAAGGUACAAACGGGAAGCCCGACAUUGGGUAAUUCGAGGGAAAACCUGCCGAUCCAUCAGCCAAUGCAGGCUGAGCUUGGAAGGGCUAACUCGAACGGUAGUUCCCGUUCUGGUCAUACCCACGACGACUAUUAUGCGAGGGAUCCAGUGAAGAGCUGGACGCCUGUGGGCGAUGACGAGAGACCUCCUAGCAGUAACUACACCAAUAGUAUGGUCAUCGAGCCUAAUGCUGGUCGCAACAACGCUGGCGACGGCCAAAGCUCUUACUACGCCGACGGAACGAGCUCGUUCUAUCCCAAGAGUAACUACAGUUCCUUCUACCCAGGCCAGCCCAUGCUUGGUCUCAAUCUCCCCGAAGAUCGCGAUAGCACGUUCACUAUGUUCCCUGGUGCCGCGGGUAUGCAAGACAAGGCUCAGCAAAGCCAGCCUUUCUACCCAGAACCCCCCCGAUUCCCUGGCCAAGGAGGACCAGAAGGCCGUGAGAGCACUGUAACGGUCUUCCCUGGUGGUCCAGGUGGCCCUCAAGAGGCUGCCCCAGCGCAGAACAAAGAGUCUUUCUUCGCUGAACGUCCUCCACCGAGAAUCCCUGGCUUCGGUGCCCCCGAAGGUCGCGAGAGUACUGUCACCGUCUUCCCCCAUGGCGGAGAGAACCAGGACACCCGUGGUCAGACCGACAUGUCAUGGCUGAACCUUGGUGCCGGCAAGUGAAUGCCCACAGGCCAUGGGUAACCUCAUCUGCAUCAUACGACAACUUCCACCAUCCUUCUCGAAACCGGAUUCAAUCUCUCCCUACGAUACAUUUCCCACGGAUUUGUUUUCACCAAGUGAUUUCAAAACGGGUGUUGGCAUGUCAUUCCCCACCCGAAAAGCGCUUUUCCUCCUGAUCAUUGUCAUCUCGAUCUACAUUCUGUUCAGUGCAUGCAUAGCCAGCGCCGGGCAAUCGAUUUCUCUCUCCAUAUUCUCUGUUUCAAUUCUGGGAUAAUCAGGGC